AUGAAGGUUCCAUCAACGAGCAAUCAGCCGUUACCUUUGUUCCCGAAGUUGAUCCCUUUACCCGAAGGUCCUGGUAUUCGAACUUGUGUUUCUGAGCAACCGUUCGUCACCUUCGGUCGGACGAAGGCGAUAUCCUUCGUCACCGAAGGUCCAAUCCCAACACUCCUCAACAGCUGGAACCUCGUCCUCCUCGACACCUCCAACUCCUCGGCGCCCCGCACGCUGUGGCAGAGCUUCGACCACCCCACCGACACGCUGCUCCCCGGCGCGAAGCUCGGCCGCGAGGCCACCGGCGUGACCCGUCGCCUCGUCUCCAGGAAGAGCGCCGCCACCCCGUCCCCUGGGCCCUACUGCUUCGAGGUCGACCCGGACGCUCCCCAGCUCGUGGUCAAGCUCUGCGGCUCGCCCGUCGCCUACUGGGCCACCGGCGCCUGGAACGGCAGGUACUUCGGCAACAUCCCGGAGCUGGCCGGGAACGUGCCCAGCUUCCACCUCGCGUUCGUCGACGACGCCCGGGAAGAGUACCUCCAGUUCAACGUGACCGCCGAGGCUACGGUGACGCGCAACAUCGUCGACGUCGACGGCCAGAACAAGCACCAGGUCUGGAUCGACGCGUCGCAGGCCUGGCUCACGCUCUACGCCGGCCCCAAGGCGCCGUGCGACGUGUACGCCGCCUGCGGGCCUUUCGCCGUCUGCAGCUACGCCACCGGGCUGCAGCCCUGCGGCUGCAUGAAGGGCUUCUCGGUGAGGUCGCCGGUGGAGUGGGAGCAGGGUGAUCGGACAGGAGGGUGUGUCAGGGAUGCAGCUCUGGAUUGUACUUCUGGUAACAGCACGGCAUCUUCAACUGAUGGGUUCCACUCCAUGCCUGGCAUUGGGCUGCCUGACAGAGGGCGUGGCAUGCAGAACGUUAGGAGCUCGGCUGAAUGCUCAACGGCUUGUCUGAAGAACUGCUCUUGCACCGCGUAUUCCUAUGGCAGCCAGGGGUUGUUAGAAGUUUUGGAUCAACUAGCAGUAGAUCAAGUGGGAGUACUCACUGAUUCUUGA